AGCCAGAGAAAUGCGAGGAGCUGCUUCCGCUGCUGCUGCUGCUGCUGCUAUGGAAGAAAAUGCAAAGAAUGGCAGCAGCACCGAGCCGCAUGCCCCCUCCUCCCAUUCUCCUCCUCCCUCCCAGCCCCCCUCUCUUUUCCGCACACUAUCCACAUCUCUCCUCCCUUUCAGGCCGCCCUCUCUUCUCCGAGCAGUCUCCACCUCCCUCUUCCCCCAUCUCCCCACCACUUUUGAGUCACUGGUGGAUCAUUCGGAAGCGCUGGAGCAUCACAAACCCUCCUCGUCGACUCAGAAGCAGGCCGUGGCCUCCCUUGAUGUGCCUUCUGAAGCCUCUGCAAACUUGCGCUCCAUUGGGAGAAGUGCCAGCAGUAGCAGCGGCAGCAGCAGCAGUGGCAGGAGGAGCAGCGGCAGGAGGAGGAGUUUUAGCAGGAGUAUCAGCAGCUACAGCAGCAACAGCAAACCCACGAACAGCAGCAGCAGCAGCAUUAGCAACAGCAAACCCACGAACAGCAGCAACAGCAGUAGCAGCAGCAGCAGCAGCAGCAGCAGCAGCAGCAGCAGCAGCAGCAGCAGCAGCAGCAGCAGCAGCAGCAGCAGCAGCAGCAGCAGCAGCAGCACGGCCGCUGCUACCAGCAGUGUGAAUCCCUCAUAUCGUGGCUUCUCCUCCCUCUCAGCCUCCUUUGCAACCCUCCGCCGCACCACCUCCAUCUCCGCCUUCCCUCUCCUCACCUCCCACUUCCCCUCCUCCUCUCCCAUCCCUUCCUCCUCCUCUCUCCUCCCCACCACCGGAGCCGAAGCCACAGCUGCUACCACCGGCACCAACGCCUUGUAUCGUAACCUCUCCUCCCUUACCUCUCCUCUCACAACCCCCCGUCGCACCACUUCAAUAUCCUCCUCCACUCUCCUCACCUCCCACUUUCCCUCCUCCUCGUUCUCCUCCUCUUUCUCCUCCUCUUCAUCCAUCUCCUCCGCUCCCGCUCCCGCUUCCUCCUCUUCGUCUAGAGCACAAUCCGCUUCCAUAUGUCAACCUUCUGUUCCUGUAUCCUCCUCUAAUACUACAUCGGCAUCUACACCUUCUAUUUAUACACCUGGGUUGGGUCCUACACGAUCGCUCUCAAGAUUGCCGAGUCUUUCCUCUUUGCUCCGUCUAUGGAAGCAAAGCGAUUUGUCGGGUAGCGAUAGAGAGGGUGAUGUGCUAACAAAUGUCUUGCCAGGGGGUUUUAGUCCUAGAAGCAAGUCCCAGCGUGAUGAUUUAAGAUGAGUGAAGCCGCAAUGUAACGCGGCAAUAGAUGACGAAGGUGUAAUUCCAUUGAAGCUAGUGUCGACCGCUAGUGUUCCAUUGUGGCUCC